CGUGCGCCCUCCUCCUUCAAUUUCCCCUUCACCUUCGAUCUUCUCCUCAACCUUCGGCACUUCGGCUUUCAUCCUUUCGCCCAUCCUUCACGCCUUCACCUUCGGCCUUCGCAGAAUCGCAGUCCGCAGUCCGCCGCCUUCGUUCUCUCCUUCACUUGGUCUGCUUGUUCACCUUAAGCAAAUUAACAAGUCUCUUUGCCGAACCUGGCUCAUAUUGCCUAAUUGCUUCUGGAUACGUGAUUGCUUGAAGCCCUUAAAGAUGGCAUUGCGCCCUUAUUCCUCACUCAGAAAUGACUGGCUAGUUGCUUCCCUAAAUUCCAACUUCCUUUCUGGUGAAAUUCCGAUGUUCUUCCACAAUAGCAGGAACCAAAGACAUAGUAACUGCCUUGGCAGUGUUUCAGUUUCAGUUUCUUGCUCCUCUCUCAAACUUGUACGGGAUAGGUCACUUGACAGGCAUGUUGUUAAUAAGAAUAAAAUUCGUUUUGUUCAAAAACUGCUGACUUUACUUCUUUCUAAGCCAAAGCACUAUCUUCCACUUCACAUACUUACAAAAUGCCGGUCGUAUCUAAAUCUUUAUUCACCUCGUUCUUUACUUGCUAUGAUCCAUCGCUAUCCAUCCGUUUUUGAACUCUUCACUAUACCAUAUCCGCCCACGCCGCUCAAUGCUACAAAGCCAUAUCCUCAACUCUGUGUUCGUCUAACUCCAGCUGCAGCAUCUCUUGCUGCUGAGGAAUUGAGUCUCAAAGAUGCCGUUUCCACCACCUUGGCAACCAAACUCCAGAAACUUCUUAUGCUAUCUUCUCACCGUCGGCUCCUUUUGUCAAAGUUGGUUCACCUUGCUCCGGAUCUUGGGCUUCCUCCUAGUUUUCGAUCCAGGCUUUGCAAUGACCAUCCUGAUAGAUUUAAAACUGUUGACACUUCCUAUGGCCGUGCACUUGAGCUUGUAUCCUGGGACUCCAGCUUGGCGCAGUCUUUGCCCUCUCCUACAUUCCAUUCUUUUGAUUUAAUAGUUGACAGACCUUUGAAGUUUAAGCAACUGAGACUUCGAAAGGGGCUUAAUUUGAAGAGACGCCACCAGGAUUUUUUGAUAAAGUUUGAAGAAAUGCCCGAAGUGUGUCCUUAUAGGACCCCUAUUGAAAGUCUGGAAAAGAAAUCAGCUGAGGCAGAGAAGAGAUCUUGUGCUCUAGUAAGAGAGGCUCUUGGAAUGAUGGUUGAAAAGAGGACUUUGAUAGAUCACUUGACCCAUUUCAGGAAGGAGUUUGGGCUCCCAAACAAGUUGAGGGGGAUGAUCCUGAGGCACCCGGAGUUAUUUUAUGUUAGUUUGAAAGGGCAAAGAGACUCUGUGUUCUUGGUUGAGAAGUUUGAUGAGAAGGGUGACCUGUUAGAGAAUGAAAAGCUUUUGGUAUUACAAGAUCAAUGGCUGGCUUUGGCCAUGGAAUCCAAAAGAAUGAGAUGGGAAAGAAGAAAGUCUAGGUUUGACAAGGAUGUUGGUCGUGUCAGUGCUAGUAAUGAUAUUGAUACGGAUGAUAAUGACGAAGAUGAUGAUGAUUAUGAGAUUGAUAACUUCAAAAAUGGCUAUGAUGAUGGCUUUGAGGAUUUAUUUGAGGACUUGGAUUUUGACAAUGACGAGGAGGACGACAACGUCAAAAACAAGUUGUUUGCCCAAAAUAAGAAUGGGGAUUUUUGGACUUCUGGAUCUUCUAGUCAAAGUGGUUUGGAUGGAGCACGAGUGCAACCUUGGUAGUACUGAAUGUGAGAAAUGCCUUUAUUCGCAUGACUAUUGUCUGGGAUGAAGGGUGGAAGUGUCCGCUUCCACAUUGAUAUAAUUGGCUCCUAAAAUUUUGAGGCGUUUUAAUUUAAAUAUUUUUAUACAGCUUGCUGAUUGAUCAUCGACCAGGGUUCCUUGAAGAUAAUUCAAAGGAUCAAAUGAAUUAAUGGGCAGAUAGGAAUCUGUUAAAGGGUUGGCUAGUUAGGGAGUUCUCUACAAACACACUCUCACUCUCUCUCUCUCUCUCUCUCUCUCUCUCUCUCUCAUACAUACACGCGCGCGCGCGAAUUGGUAGAAGUUUUAGUAUUACGACUACCGUGCAUCAGAAUGUGUUUCAUGAAAUGGGUUGAAUUCUGAUUUAGUGUUGAAGCUUUGCUUCCGGGUUCCCGCAUGUAAUUAUAAUGUUUUUAAAUGCAAGUAACAGUUGUUAUGGUA